UUCUGUGUGCGCUUCAUCAUUGCACACUUAUAUGCCAUUGUGUGCACUCCUCUGCCCUCACGCACGCACGCACGAAUCAAACUCGUUCGUAAUAUUUUCCUGUAAUAAUAGUAAAUUAUUAUUAAUUAUGAUUUGAUCCACUUCAAUCCGAGGGCAUAUAUGUCAUUGAAUUCUCUAUAUAAUUCAACUCUCGUGCUCCGUUCCGGUUAGUCUCCACUUUGACUGUAGCCAUUCACGCCUCCUCUCUUCCCUUCCCUUUUCGGUUUUCAGCCUCACGCUGUUGUUGUCCUCUCUCCCUGUCCCCCCCCUCCUCCAGAUUUGUCUUCUCAGAUUUUGCUGCGAUUUCAACCUCGACUCUAAUCUGUUACUAAGUAGGCUUCGGUAAAGCUGAAUAUCUUUGAGGAUAAGGAUACAACAGCAUGCGGUGGUGGUUUAGUCUGUCUGUUGAUGUAUGCCGCAGAGCUAUUUCCUUGAACCUGUAUUGCAAAGUGAUUCUGUAAUUUGCAUCGUGCGAUUAAAAAAAAAAAAAAACACUCUCCGAUUUCUUCCGCCCUUUGCAACUCGCCCUGGUUUUCCAUGGGAUCCAAUUUUUUUGUUGUUGUUCCUUGCUACGUCCGUCAGAUCAGCUGAAGGAUAGCAUCCCCAUCUCGCAAAUUCUUAUGUUCAGCUAGGUCUCCGUUUAUUUGUAGUUCGCACCUACCUGUUGCUUCCAUUUGUGUCAUUAGCCGUUACGUUUUCUCUUGGACUAUACCAGUUUCUUCGUUACCUGUAUUUGGAUAUUCUCCAAUUCUUCAAUCACCGGUUCCCUAGUGUGGUAGUGUUAGGACCCAAGAAGAUUGCCCUUCUAUCGUUUUCAAGGGUUGGAAAGUAGUUAUGGUGUGCCAAGCAGCAAGUCAAACGAGAUUUCGGGCAUUGAAAUAUGAAAAUGGAACUGCUGGGAGCUCCACCAUUAUAGUUAGAGUUAUAGCGUGCUUUCAACCUCUCCGAGACUGCCAGGCUGAAUACUUCCGUCAUUUGCUCAAACCUGUCACGUAGAAUAGUUUUGCCUUUCUCUGUUCGGGUUAAGCUGGUGCUAGUUGUUUUCCUUUACUUGUUCCUGAAAGAAACAGAUAGUUAUAGAUAGCUCGUGUGCUGAAAUCGUUUUAAUUCAGGGGAUUGUUCUGGUUGAAUGGGAAAAGAUUGUGGAAUCUGGAUACCGCAGCUGCAUUUUGAUUGGCAAUCACCCAAUUUGAGUUCCUUCUCUUCCCUUGACGUGGGGAAGCAAAAUGGUUGCAUAAAUAUGAUGCCUGAAAAUUAUACGAUGCCAGAUUCUGUGCCCUCCAUGCUACCAUGUUCGCAGUUAGCGCAGUCCUUUGAACCUUAUGGUUGGUCCUAUGGUUCACCUCACUUUCAACAGGCAUUUAUCCCUGCUCCAAACUUCACUUUGGAGAGCAAGCUCCCUGCUAGCCAUGAAAAAGGUAUUGGGGAGGAAAUUGCACCCGACAGGAUACCGGGCUUCCCUAAGAAGCGGUUCAUUGUUAUUGACCAGACUGUCAAUCAGACAGCAUUCAUAUAUAGUCCUGGGUUUGGAAGUCCCAUUGAGUGCCUUGCUUCUUGGCAUUCAAAGCUGCGUGGUCCUGACUAUUUGAAUGGGAAUGAACGUUCUUUGAAAAGAGAUUUGAAUAAUCUGAAUGGACCAACUUUGAAUGAUAAACUUGAUAAAAAUCAGGGAAUUGAGGUCCAAAGUGAGAUGCAUGAAGACACAGAAGAAAUCAAUGCGUUACUUUACUCUGAUAGUGAUGGUUACUCCACUGAGGAUGAUGAAGUUACUAGCACUGGGCACUCGCCCAGUAUAAUGACCACUCAUGAUGACCAAGACUUCUUUUGCGGAAGCAAUGAAGAAGUUGGUAGCUGCGAUGGUGGAGAAGUUGGUAGCGCUGCUGGGAAAACAACAAAGAAGCGGAAGCUGUCUGCCAAUGGGGCUUGUGAGCACGAUGAUGACCUACAGCUCAUGGACAGUGCCAGUUCUCUAAAUCUAAAUAGAUCCUUUGACAACGAAUAUGAUGCUGAAUCAAGAUGUUCUAGUGGCAACAGUGAAGGAUCAAGCAAGAAGAAGAUGAGAAAAGAGAGGAUACGGGAUGUUCUAAACAUCCUGCAAACCAUAAUUCCUGGUGGAAAAGAAAGGGACCCGAUUGGGCUUCUUGAUGAAGCAAUUUGUUGCCUGAAAUCACUGAAACUCAAGGCUAGAGCUCUAGGACUCCAUGACUAGUAAGUUGGAAGGAUUUUUAGCCACUUGUGCUGUUUCUGAAGUGGCAUUAUAGCAUGAGAUGAUCUGUUAUGGUCUAGUGUGUGUUGUUGAGUCUGCAGAAUAAACAAGGUCAAAGUGCGAUAUGGGAGGGAAUGAGGGUGUGAACUCCAAUGAUUGAGUUGGAAAUCAGUUGGUUUGGGCGGUGUAACUUACGUAUUGUGUAAAGGAACGGCGAGGUGCUCAGCAUAUUAUGGCGCAAUAAAGGAAAUGCGAAUCAUUAGUCCAUGUCCUACGGUUUAGAGAAAGUUGUGGCACUUACACAAGGGGCCUGGGAUGUGAGCUGUUUUGAACGAGAAGACCGAUUAUUUUCAGAAAAAGACCCCGAAAAUGAGAGUGCACGCCUCUCGGCUGAUAUCGGACCCAGUCUUAGCCCCCUCUUUUUGUAUUCUUGUCAUUGUUUAAUCCUUUGUGGGUUUAACUUUUCUCUGAUGUACUAAUUCUCACUAGGUAAGCCCCUCACCUCUUUUAUGAGGCAACUGGAGGAGGGCCCCCUCGUCCACGAAAUUUCCACUUUAAUAGUCUGUGACUCGUUGGCGGGUGACACUGAUAUUUGUAUUCGCUCGUGUUUGAUGCUGUGCUGAAUUUGUGUGUUGUAAGGGGUAUAUGGUAGUAAAACUUAGAGUGGACUGAUCAUCUUGGUUGGAUGUAAUUCGUUUUAUGGUUGGUGCUACUGUUGUUUUUUUUGCCUGUGUAGUUACGUCGCAUGCACACAUUUAUGAUAGGAGAAAGCGACGUGCUUUUUUAUUUUCCAUUUUACUUUAUAUGCAACAAAAUUUAGGCGGAUGAUUCGUACAUGAAUGAAAAGUUCUCUCUUUCUCGUCCAA